AUGGGAAUGGAAUCAUUUUCAAACACUGCAGAUUUUGAAGUGAAUACGCAACUUGUGACCCUCAGAGAUGACAGAGGUGUUCAAUUGGGAAAUUUUGUACUAGAUUCUUCCACUUCACUCCAGCCUUCCCAAAUUUAUGAACUUGUUUGGGAAUCAAUACAAAAACCCUUCAAAGGCAAAAGUCGACGACCACGUUGCUUGACUUUUGACAAUCAACGGUUAUUUGAGUGUGUCAAGUCCAACAGUGAAUUGUUUUCUGAAAUGAAGAUUACAAUUUUUUAUGGAGAGAAAAUAACAGACUUUGAAGAUAUGAAGGACUUAUUAACAUAUCAGUGCAAUUCCUGCAGUAUGCGGGGUACUUGGAAUUGCUUCAACCUCUGUCCAAUGUGUAAAGCAAUUAGGUAUUGCAGUGAAGAAUGUCGUGAAGCUGAUUGGAAAGGUUUGUUGUUUGGAGGCAUUUACCAUUCUCAUCAAGUUGGGUGCCCCAAAAUCAAAUCUUAUAUGGAAGCAGUAGAACCAUUAAAGGAUUUUCCAUUUACAUUCACUGAAGAAACUUCUUCCAUAGAUUUCACUCUUGCCAAAUACAAAGAAUUUUUGAUCCAACAUGAUGUCUACAAUUUUGGAGCUUGGCGGUAUGAACAUUGCUCUGCUGUCAAUAUAAUUUCAGAAUUUGGUGACCUGUCCAUGUUGAAUUUUCCAUUGGUAUUGGCCGAAGAGAAAGAACUCCAGUCAACUGAACCUAUUGCUGCUCCUGUUUAUCCACUGAUUAAUUGGGAAGCUUAUUAUGAAUGGAGGGGCUUCAGCCUCAACUGCCCAUUGGCCAUCUUACUCACUUACCCAUUAACUUUGUAUUAUAUCAUUACAUCUUGUCUCAGUGUGCAUUAUUCCAGCAAUUUUCCUCAAAGUUUGGUCAUACACAUUCUUGGAGCAGAGAAAGAAGCAGAUAUGCUUGUGUAUUUCUUGAUUCAAGGCAACCUGACAUUUUACUUACACAGGAAAUUGUGGCACAAGGUCACUACAUCCAAUCCGCACUUAGCCAUUGGUUUCAAUGCUGGACUUGCUGCCUACAAAUCCUGGACACAGACUUUGAAAAAAUUAGAGGAGAAAGAGAUUCCAGCCUAUUUUACAGACUAUUGCCACUAUAGCCAUGACUGGUCAGCUGAUCAUUUGCAGUUACUACAGUUGAAUGCAAGACUUGUUCAACCAUCUAUCAAUCCAUUUCGAAGUCCAGCAGCAAAGGCAUCUCUCUCUCUUUUCUUUCUCUCUCUUUCUUCUCUUCUCUUUUUUCUCUUCUUUCUCUCUCUCUCUUCUUCUUUUCUUCUCUCUUUCUUUCUUCUUAUUCUUCUUUUCAUUUGA